AAUAUCUUAAGGAAAUGAUUGAUGUUAUUUCAUCACUUGCUUUAUAGACUCUUUCACCAAUUUUGCAUUAUUCGCAGUUACACUCCAACCUAACUUUUUCGAUUUCCCUUUAGCUUUCCUGGUUUGGAAAGCCUAUUCACUGUUCACUGUUCUCCCAUUCCCCUGCUUCAAGUGUUUUCUUUUCUUUUGUUUUUUUUUUUUUGGCCUGCAAAGUUCACACCUCUUUUAUAUAUCCGAACAUGUACUGAUACCCCUCAGAUUUAUGUGUUUGGGAAGAAGGAAGACAGAGCAGAUAAACAUGGGUCGCGGAAAGAUUGAGAUCAAGUUGAUCGAGAAUGCCACGAACAGGCAGGUCACCUACUCCAAACGGCGCAAUGGCAUUUUCAAGAAAGCUCAUGAACUCAGUGUUCUCUGUGAUGCCAAGGUUUCCCUCGUCAUGUUCUCCAAAAACAAUAAGAUGCAUGAGUACACUACUCCUGGCUUUACAACAAAAAAUAUAAUAGAUCAGUACCAGAGGACCUUGGGGAAUAUCGAUCUCUGGAAUGCCCAAUAUGAGAGGAUGCUCGAAAACAUGAAGAAGCUGAAAGAGGUUAACAAUAAACUCAGAAGACAGAUAAGGCAGCGGAUGGGUGAUGAUUUGAAUGAUCUGGACUUCCAACAACUACGCAAUCUUGAGGAGGACAUGGUUUCUGCCUCGGCGAUCAUACGCGAACGAAAGCUUCAUGUGAUCAAAACUCGCACCACUACCAGUAAGAAAAAGGUGAGAAGCAUGGAGCAGAUGAACGAGAAUCUGCUGCUUGAACUUGAAAGGUGUGUGAUCCAUUCACAAUAUCUGGUGCACGAGGAAGGAGAUCAGGAAUCAGCAGUUACAGUGGCCACUGGCGCCUCCAACUUUCAUGGACUGGGCCACCAGCUGCCUGCCCACAUGAAUCUUCACCAUCAUGGAAUGGGGUUGAGAUCAGAGGAUCUGCGCCUCGCUUAAGUGUAUCAUAUUGGCGUUGGACUUGUAAAUUUAUUUUCGCUUUCCUAUCCUUUACUCGAAAACACUAAUCUGGCUAUUCUGCAUUCAUGCUUUGCUGCUUGUUUGCUUUCUUAUAUUAA